AUGACCUUGGAGUUAAAACGCGUUAAAGUUGAAGGCCAUAGCUUCUUAUCGGACCUUGUUUUGGGAGAAAGAGUCGCGGUGACUGGAGUAGUAUUGUCGUAUUCGCCUCCAAGAAAAACUAAGGGCCCAGACUGGUCGUGUUCGCUUCAAAUAACAGACCCCUCAUUGAAUGGCAAAGUAACAGUAAUCAUAUUUCGCGCCCAAUAUACGGAAUUACCAGAAGCCAAUAUUGGUAACAUUUUUUUUGGAACUGGUCUCAGGGUCGCUUAUUACAUGGAUUCGCCACAACUCAUUGCUUAUAAAUUUGAAUCUACAUGUUCUGUAAUUAAUGAUGACUUAAUGAAUGAUGACCUCAAGAUGGAUGAACUCUCACACAUAAUUAUGACUUAUGCUAAAUAUCUGCGAAAAUGGUGGAAUGAUAUAGAAAAUUUUUAUGCUGGAGUACCAAAAUCGCGUAAAUUAACUACAAUCGCUGAAAUUCAUAGUCCAAAUAUUUUUUUUGACACCAUUGCUGAGGUUGUCGAGAUACAUAGAAUUUAUCGCACAACAGAAUUAUUUAUUACCGAUUAUACUCAUAAUGAGUUGCUUUCUAACAAUGAUUAUGUUUGGAAUCUACCGAAUGGACUUGAUGCACGUAAUAUAUUCCAAAUUACUUUAUGGGAUGAACAUGUGGUGAAUAGUGAGAAUUUUGAAGCCGGCAUGUAUGUGUACUUACAAAAUAUACGAACCAAGUACAAUAGCUUUAAUCAUUUUCAAGGAGUUAUACAUGGUGAUCCAGAAACGCGAAGAACGCGAGUCAUGAAAGCUGACAGAAAUUCAUUCGAUGUGGGGGAAUUGAUAAAGAGAAAAGAACGUUUUAUGCAAAAAAUUUCUCCGAAAAUCACUCGUGUUAUCGACUGCGAUGUCAAGCCAACAGAAGUACACAAUAAAUUUCUCAUCCGUGGGCGUAUUAUCGAUUAUGAGCCUGACGGUUUUGAAAAUUUUAUACGACCAUAUUGCAUUGAAUGUGAUAAAGUGUGGGUACCACAAAAUUCUGCAGCUAAAGAGAUAAAACAAUGUCCUGAAUGUCUACGUGAAACCACUUUUAUAUACGAGUUUUUAUUAAUGAUUGAAGAUGAAGAUGGUUCCGUGCUUCCUACACUAGUCAGUGGGCGUGACGCAGUCAGAUUUCUAAAUGGCAUUCUACCAACUAAAGUUAUGCAAGAGGAAACUUCAAGACAGGCAUUUCUUAACUUGAUUAGAAAGUUGCUAGCAAGUGUUAUAGAUCAUGGUGAAUCCACAAAAUUUUUCGAAUUCUGUGUUGAAUCUUAUUUCGCCUCAGAUAGAGAACGACUUUAUAAAUUAAUUAAUACUAUCUUGGAAAUCUAA